AUGUCUGCCUAUGAAAAUGUCGUGGGAGGGAAGCUGAAGCUUAAGGGUAAGGCUCUGGAUGUGAAGGCGGGUGGGAUGAAGAAGAAGAAGAAGCAAAAGAAGCAAUUCGAGCAAAUUUCCCAGGCUGUUGAAAGUGAGAAUGCGGAGCAGUUAACCGAGUUUAACAAAGAAGAGGCUUUGGAAGCUAAUGACAAACUCAAUGGGGAUGAGAGUUCCGCUAACUGGGACAACAAUCUAACUCCUGCUGAGAGACGCUACAUGGAACAAAGGGAGAAAAUCAACUCUCAAAAACUGGCAAAGACAUCAAACAAAUCACACCGUGAUCGUAUUCAGGAUUUUAAUCAGUAUCUUGCUAAUAUGAGCGAGCACUAUGACAUUCCUAAAGUUGGCCCUGGCUAA